AUGGAGAAUAAACACCCGAGCGUGGUGUUUACGACGACGAACGCGGCGGAGGAGGCGACGACUCAGACGAUUCAGACGACGACAUCUUUGCAAGACUCGCCGUUCGUGAGAGAAAAGCUGCAAAAACUGAGCGAAAAAGUUGCCACGAAACGAAACCUUUGCAGAGGGUUUACGAACGCCUUGACGCGAUAUUGCGACGCGCACGAGCAGAUGGCACGAGAAAGCGAACGGUUCGCCAGAGAGGUUGAAGUGUUAGAGGUUGAGAUGUUUGGGAAAGAGAGCGGGUUUGCGUUGACGACGACGACGACGAGCGGCGCGAAGAGUAUCGCUACGAACAAAAGCAUCGAAGAAGAGACGAGGACGGAUAUGUUGGUCACGAGAGUAAGAGAGAGCGCGGAGGCACACAGUAGCUUUUCGAGAGACGCGAGGGAAACGGUUGGUCACAUGUUGGAGGUUUUCGGGACGCACGAGUGCGAGCGUCAAAAAGCGAAGCAGAGCGUCUUCGCCAAGACGGUGGAGAAGGUUGAACGGGAGAGGAGUAAACACGCGAGGUCGAAUUCGAGCGUGUCGAAGAUGAAGUUUAGCGAAGCCGCGAGCGCGACGGAUUUAGCGAGAUUCGAGCUGAUGGCGUGUUUGCAAAGAGGGGUGCACGAGAGCGAGAGCGUCGUGGAGAAGGUGACGGUGGAGAUGGUGAAGAGACAUUUGGAGUUUAUAAAAAAUUUGGGAGGAAAUCUGGAGGUGGAGGACGGAGUGAAAGAACGCGAGGAAGCGUUGAGAGGAUUCGAAGAAGAGGUGGAGAAGAUGAUGGGACAGUUUCGGCAAGAGGUGGACGCGUACGCGAUGGAGAACGGUUUUAGCGGAGAGCACCACGAUGCGGUUGUGGCCGGGAUGAUUAGUCCGGUAUCGGAGGGCGAAGACGUGGAGAAUACGACGACGACAACAAUCCCUUCCAACUUACCGUACGAUGGGAGUUUGACGACAGAUCGCGCAAGAGAGCUGUCGAAUAAACUCACCGCGUCGUUAGCGAACUUAGAACUAUUACGUAGCAAAGCAGCGCGAGAGCGGCAACUACAGCAGCAGCAGCAGCACUCGAAUUCCGAGGAGUUUGGUAACCACGGAAGUCUUUCGGCCAGAGAACAACAGAAACAACUCACGGAUGUUUUAUAUGGCGGUGGUAAAGGUAAACACAACAGAAGUAAAAGCGAGGGUUUUACUAUUCACGACGUCUCGUUCAACUCAGACUUGCUCGGCGGCGGCGACGGCACUACUAACGACCAAAACAUGAACAUCGAAGAUCGCAUUUUGACGCAAGGGUACCUGUGGAAACGAUCCAGAACGCUUCGCGAUUGGAAGAAAAGGUACUUUGUUUUAGACGUGUACGGAAACUUGAUGUAUUAUCGAUCGUCUUCGAACUCAAAAGCGUUCAUUCAGUCGCGAUUAGGCGGGGUUUUUGGCGGUAGCAGUCACGAAAACGCCACAAACGACGUCGAUCUUACCGAAGCACACGAAACUGUACGUCUGUUGACGUCUACGGUGAAAUCAGGUACCGGCGUAGACCGCGAAGACGAUCCGAAAAAUUCGAAGUAUUUUGUCGCGAACGCGUUUCGUAUCGUUUCAAUGGAGAAAACGUACGUUUUGCGCGCCGAAUCUGAGGAAGUGCAAGCUGACUGGAUGGAGGCGAUUACCUCCGCCAUCGCGGUGUUGCUCAAUCAAAACCACCACUUGCCUACUUCCACUUCGCCAACUGAUGCCGACGAUGCGUACUUUAACAAGCACAAACCGGGUGUAACGUCCGCUGAUGCGAUGUCGAACUCCUCGCAAACGACUAACACGACUGGUCACCGGAGAACGUUAUCGGGAUGUUCCGCGUUGUCGUCGGAUUUAAGCGACGCGCAGAUCGAGAACAACCCUUUCAUGAAUCCCGACAAGUACGCCACACUCUCUUUAGCAAACGGGAAUUCGCCUCUGGAAAUCUUGCGUUCUGCGCCUGGGUGUACCACGUGCGCGGACUGCUCGAUGCCGGAACCAGAAUGGGCGUCGUUGAAUUACGGCGUGGCUUUAUGCGUUGAGUGUUCCGGUGCGCACCGAAGUCUUGGCGUCCACGUGUCGAAAGUGCGAAGUGCGAUUUUAGACGUAAAGGUUUGGACGGAUCCGUUAUUGAAUGGCACUUUCGUUAAGUGGGGCAACGCGAACGCGAACGCAGUUUUGGAGGCAAAGAUAUUAAAGAAACCGUCGUCGUUUUUGGACAACGACAAAAGCGCGACACGAAAACCGCAUCCGAAAAGCACCAAGGAAGAAAAGCUCGAGUUCAUAAAGAAAAAGUAUACCGAAAAACUCUUCGUGGACGGAAAACGCGAGAAAAUUACAUCCAUGUCGCACCCAGACGCGGAACUUUUGAAAAUCGCCGUCAUAUCCGGCGACGUCGCUGAAAUUAUGCGCACGUUCACCUCGGGCGCAACCAUCGAUUCGAGAGACGUGGCGCAGAAUAUUUUUAAAGCGUGUGCGAUGCAAAAUUUCACAAAUCCAACGGAAGUUAUCGAGAUAAUAGUUCGUAACGGUUUCGAUUUAGAAAACUUUAGAUGCACGCAAACCGGAAAGACGCCGUUACACUGCGCCGUGAUGUCCGAUAACGACGCGCUCGCGAAGUUUUUAGUCACGGCGAAACGCUUGGACAUCGCCGCGAAAGACGGCGACGGGUUGACCGCGUUGGAAGCAGCGAUGCAAAGAGGAUACGUGCGAGAUGCCGAUUUGUUGCACAUGUUGAGCGCGAAAGAGUGA